AUUUCAUUUACAGCCUCGCUUUUCUCUGUCCCUCUGGCCGCACUACAAAAUUCUCAGCACAGCAGCGAAGCAAAUUUUUGUGGUUAAAUUGCAAAAAAAAUGGCCGAAUUGGACGAUUUCUUCGCGAAAAAGGACAAGAAGAAGUCCAAGAACAAGACGAAGUUCGUGACGGCCGAUGAGCUAGUUAAGAACCUGGAAGACGGCAGCAAGCGAGAGGUGGUCAAGCCGAAGAAACCCGAGUUACCAGCGGGCGCUGGCGGCGUGGCAGGGCCAGGCGAAAACGAGAGCAGCAAAGUGCAAGAGUCCGCCCAGCCCGUGGAGGAGGAGUGGAAAGAGUUCGAGGAGGAGCAGCGCAAGGACUAUAGCGGCCUCAAGAUUGGCCAACUGAGCACCAUAACCGUAAACGAGUCAGAGUCCUCGAGGAUCCCCUCUGCCCCGGAAGGUGGUGGCAGUUAUGACGACGACGAAGAUGAUAGCAACGGCUAUGGGAAUGACGAAACGGGCGAGACUCGUGCCGGGCACGGUCCCUGGAAGAAGCUGAUCCCUGCUGAGGAGGUCACGCAGAUCCCUGUGGAGGUGGAAAAGCCGUCAUUGUCCAAGGUCUAUGUUUCCCCCGCGUUACGUUACAGCCAACAAGCCGGAAGCGGUAUUAGCAGCGGUGGCGGUAUCGGAGGCGGUCUGCGUCCUAGGCGAGCUGCUCCGGACAUCACCAACACGGAGUUCUUCCCCACGUUGAACGCAGCGCGUCCGGAGGAACAGCGCAAAAAGAAAAACGAACCCGCCUUUGAAGAAGUCCGUCACGGAGGCCGCUUUCAGCGCGUACAGGAAACCACUAAUGCUCCGGUGGCGGCCACCAAUCGAUUCCAGUCGCUUGACGACGAAGCUAGCUAGGUUCCAGCUGGCGCUGUUGCGGCUGCUGUUGCUGGCCCCUAAGGGAGUCUGCUGCUGAGCUCAAGUCAUUGGAUGGGUUCUGCCAGCCAGUAGCCAGUAGCACCCGCAAUCCUUCUAGGCUUUUCGAUUCAUCUAAACCUACUCUACUUUGCUACUACUCUAACCCAAGUCCACAGGAAGCCACACUAUUGUUCAUUUCGUUUUGCAUUUUUUAAAAGUAUGGAAUCAAUGUAAUAGAAUACGAAUAAUAGCCAUGCGUUGAACUCCGUUUAUAAAAAUCACUUUUUUUAAAA